UAGUAAAGGCAUAUUAAAUGUCAAAGUUGUAGUGAAAUAAAAGGAACACAUCUAAAAAUAAAAAACGAGUGUUAUUGCAAACUUCUUUAAAUUUUGGGAUAAAUUGAUGCAAAACUAAAGUAAAAUUACUCUACAAAAAAUAUGAACAGAGCUGAAACAGAUUCUACCGCAACCACAACAGCAAUUCGACAACAAAUUUUCCCCACUUCACCAUGUCAGCACCCAAUACCAACAAUGCCCCAUUUGAUGCCAACUCCCUUGCCAACACCGUGGAAUCUUAAUACAAUGCCGUGGAAAUUAGCUAGUACAAAUUUAGGACAAGAUGGUGUAAUGCAGUUCAGCGCCCAAGUCAACGAUGAAGUACACAGUAGAGCAAUUCUCCAUCAAAAACGUAAAUCAGAAGAAGAAAGCUUGUUACCAGUCAAACAAUUUAUUUCUGAAGAAAAAAUUACCGCACAUUUCAAUGGAUUACACAUUUCUAGUGAUUAUAUUGGGAACAAUUCAAAUGCCUGUAGCAAUUCUAUGUUAGGUGAUGAUACACCUAGUACCAGUACUGGUAAAUGUUUUACUAAUCUCACCUACAAAGACUAUCAAGUAACUGCUAAGGAGUUGGAAGAAAAAUUGCGCAAAGCGAACAGGAUAACUUUGUGUGAACAAUUGAAAAAAUUUAAUGAACAACAACGUAAAACCACCUUUCUACCAGAAGCGCUUUUUAAUCGAAUUGAAAAGCCGUGUACUGCUUUGGUUCUAUGGCAACCUCCACCAGUGUUAGAAUUACUGCAUCGUAAGAGAGAAAAUGAAUUGACACCACCUAGUACUGAUAGUACAAGUGCUGACAGUUUUGGUACUGCUGACACCAUAGACGAGGGCGACGAAUUCUCUGACCACGAGCUAGAAGAUAUAGACGACUUUGUCGACAAUAAUAACACGUGUCGUUUAGAUUUCAAUAACAUGAAAGCUGAUCAUAUGGAUGAAGAUUUGUAGUUUACAAAUAAUAGAUUUAUGUAUUUCCCAUAGCUUCUAGGUGGAUAAAAUUCUCUGAUUUCGUACGCUAACAUAAUAAUGGAAUACAUAAUUUUUAAGAGUGAGUCGUGGUACAAAGUUCUCAGUUGUUUUGGUACUGAAAAAUAGCUAUGAGAAUAAAAUAGUUUUUUAUAAUAAUGCAUGAAUAGUAUGAAUGAAUCUUUGAACCUUAAUUAAUUUGUCUAAGCAUAACAUGGAUUAAUUUUUCCAACACAUACUAAUAUAAGUCAGGAACAUUGCUCAAAAUAAUUUUAUUGUUACAAAAUGUACGAAAGCAUUGAUUGGCAUCAAAUGUUAUAAAACUGCGACUCUAUGCACCUUUCAACAUUUGGAACUAAUAUUUUUUAUUGUAUUUAUUUCGCUAAAAACAUGUAAUAAUAAAUAUUGUAUGUACGUUUAAAGAUA